UGUGGCACCAUGGGGAUAAAGACAAGACUCCAAGCCAUGCUGAUGUUAUUAUGGAUCAUUCAAGGUGACACAAAGAAGGUGGAGUUCCCCAGAAAAGAGAUGGAGGUGGUACAAGGCCAGAUGGUGGUGUUACAAGCAUGGUACAGCCCCAGCGCAGACAUUUCCAAAAACUCUGUCAUUUGGUACUUCUCUGGGAACGAGUCCAAGCAGGUGAUAAACUUUAGCUCAGGUGAGGUCGGACACGGUCAGAACGAGUUCACAAAAAGAGUGGGCUUCAGUGUGGCCAUGCCCUCGGCCAACCUCUCCAUCUACAUCAAUAACACCCAGGAAUCCGACUCUGGUCGCUACAUGUGUAUUGUCAUCAUCCCCGGAGCUCCUGGCAUUUCUGGGGAGAUGAGCCUUAAUGUCAAAGUCCCUCCUUCUCCCCCAGUGUGCACCAUGACAGGGAACCCAGUGGUGAAGGGCAAUGUGACUCUGAGCUGUAAGUCCAGUCAUGGAAAGCCUGUCCCUCAGUACAAAUGGACCAAGGCUGCACCCAUGUCUGAGGUCUUCUUCUCUCCAAUGCAGAAUGAGAGACACGGUACCCUCAGGCUGAGCAACCUCACUAAAAGCAUGUCAGGGAAGUACAUCUGUCGAGCCAGCAACACCGCCGGCUCCGACAGCUGCUCCAUUAACCUGGAGGUUUUCACCUCUUCCAACGCAGGUGUGAUUGCAGCAGCUACUCUGGGGUCAGUGGUGGGACUGGUGGCCAUGGUGCUGUUUCUCAUAUUCAUACUGAGGAGGAGAGGAGACACAGAGGAGGAGAUAGCCAAUGAAAUCAAGGAGGACGCUCAGGCACCAAAGCGAGUGUCAUGGGCAAAGAGCAACACAGGCUCAGAUGGUAUGUCCAAGAAUGGCACCUUGUCCUCCAUAGCCACCAGCCCUCAACCACGAGACCCCCAUCAGCCCAACUUCCACUAUCCGUACUCCCCGAUAUCAGCUUCAGACGCGAGCUCAGUGAUCAACGCCUACCAGCUGCGCCCUGGAGAAGCCAAUACCUUACAAGGGCUUCCUGGCUACAACAUCGGAGGCACGCCGUCGCGUAAACACAGGCGGCCUCCGAGUACAAACGGGGCUCCUUCGCAGGUUCUCAGGAGCCCUGCGGUCACCAACCCCAAAAGAACUGAGGGGGCGCAGCCUCAGAUGGCACCUCCACUCACUGUGUCCCCACAAGUUAGUUCCUCCACUCUGACACGCAUGGGAGCUGUUGCUGUCAUGGUGCCUGCUCAAAGCCAGGCUGGAUCACUGGUGUAACGGCGUGGGAAGCAAAGGACAGAGAAUCCCUCGCAGUGAAGCGCCCUUUCUCUGUGAAGGCCUGAUAGGUUGAGAGAGAAGGAAAAACACGUGCUUCACUGGAACAAACUCUUCCUUCGGUUUGUUGACGAACCAGUGCAGCGUUCUUCAUUUCAAUUUUCUUUUAAAUGCUGCGAUCAGGCUCAUUAAAGAGAAAUAUAUUUUUAUUUCCAUGCUUAGAAAGAAAAGACGUGUUGAUUUUACGUAGCAGCAUACAGUGAUAUUGUAAACCGUAGCAAGCAGGAUGGUUUACUCGCGAUUGUCGUGCAAUGUUUUGGCUACAUUUCUAUGAUUUCUACAACUUCAUUGUAAAGAGAUUUUUCUAAUUUCAUUUUUAUGUUAUUUUACCUGGAUGUGUACAGUUCACUUUUCUCAGGCUAACUGCACUUGUUCAGAGCAAAAACACACAAUUCAGACACUGAAAAUAGUUUCUAGAGUUUCACAUUUCUGGCCCACAUUCAUGUUCACAUCAGGAAACAGUUUCAGUGUGGGUUGAAGACUGAUAAGGACUCAAAACUUGAUGAGUUUGCUUGUUAUGGUAGCUGGAAUGUAACCAAAGUAGUGAGUAUAAGUGUUAAAGGCGAUGGUUUCUGACUAUUUUGCUUAAAAUUGCUGAGUAUAACAAGAUUACUGCAAAAAUAUGGCAGAGCCAGUAGCGGAGACCGCUCAAGAAAGCGUCCAUCCUCGAUAUCUGACCAAUGUUUUCUGCUUGUUUGUUUUCAUGAUUUCAAUUACACUGAACUCUGGAGAUAACGUUGCAAUGAUGUUCUAAUGUUGAAAUGCUACAUGUAGCACUUUUAAUGCAGUUCUGACUGUU